AUGACCAUCGCAUUCCUUUCCAUCCUCCUAGUCCUAUCAGCCAUUUCUGUAGCUUGUUCCGGCGCUUCCUCUCCCAACCGCAAUGGCAGUGACACAGACCUUGCCAGUCUGCUGGCUUUCAAAGCCCAGCUCUCCGACCCUCUUGGUGUCCUCGCCGGCAACUGGACAACCAGCACAUCAUUCUGCCACUGGGUCGGCAUCGAAUGCAGCCGGCGGAGGCAGCGCGUCACAGCUCUGUCGCUGCCGGAUACACCUCUCUAUGGACCCAUCACACCUCACCUCGGUAACCUCUCUUUCCUCUCUGUCCUCAAUCUCAACAACACCAACAUCACGGGCUCUAUCCCACAUGAUUUAGGUAGACUUCAUCGCCUUGAAUUCCUGAGACUUGGCUACAAUGGCCUCUCAGAUAGCAUCCCUCCUACUAUAGGAAACCUCUCAAGGCUUCAAGUUCUUGAUCUAAAACUGAACCUUCUAUCUGGUUCAAUCCCGCUAGAGCUACGCAACCUGUACAAUCUUGCCUAUAUAAAUCUCAUGAAAAAUUCCAUUAGUGGAUCUAUACCGACCGACAUGUUUAACAAUACCCCUAUGUUAACUUAUUUAAACUUCGCCAACAAUAGCCUGUCAGGGUCAAUACCAUCUUGCGUUGGCUCCUUGCCACUGCUCCGCAACCUUAUUAUGCAUUACAAUCAUCUCACCGGCCUAGUGCCUCCUUCCAUUUUUAACAUGUCUAAACUGCAGGGUAUCUAUCUCACCCAUAACUACUUAACUGGUUCUUUCCCUACAAAUGCAAGUUUCAAUCUCCCGAUGCUACAGAUUAUCGCCAUAGGACAGAACAAUUUCACAGGCCAUGUUCCAUUGGGCCUUGCGUCUUGUCAAUACCUCAAAGUUAUUUCCUUCUCCCUUAAUUCAUUUGAGGGUGUUGUGCCAACAUGGCUAGGCAAGUUGACUCGUCUCAUUUGGUUGGCCAUGGGCGAGAAUGGCCUUUUCGGGUCAAUCCCUAGCACGCUUAGCAACCUCACUUCGCUAGAGCUCCUUGACCUUGGAUCCUGCAACCUAACAGGAGCCAUUCCAACAGAACUCGAACAGUUAAGUCAACUGUCACAAUUGAAUCUUUCGGAGAACGAGCUAAUAGGACCCAUUCCUGCUUCUCUUGAUAAUGCAACUGAAUUAGCAAUCCUAUUGUUGGACCAAAACAUGUUGACUGGAUCAAUACCUGGAUCUAUCGGUAACAUGAACUCUUUGAUGAUCCUUGAUAUUUCAACUAACUACCUACAUGGGGAUGUCAACUUCUUACCCGUUUUCUCUAAUCUUCCAAAUCUCCAAUACCUUAGCAUCAAGUCAAAUAAUUUCACGGGUAGUCUCCCUAACAAUGUAGGGAAUAUAUCAAGCGAGCUGCAAGUUUUUUUAGCACGUGAAAACAGGUUGGUUGGAGGAAUUCCAACCACAAUUUCAAAUUUAACUGGCCUAUUUGUGCUAGAUCUUUCAGAAAACCAACUUCAUAGUGCAAUUCCAGAGUCCAUCAUGAUGAUGACAAAUCUAGAAUGGCUUGACCUCGAGAAAAAUAAUUUGUUUGGCUCCAUCCCAUCUCAGAUUGCCAUGCUCAAGAAUCUAGACCAUAUUUUUCUCAACGACAAUUGUUUCUCUGGUUCCAUACCAGAAAACAUCGGCAACCUCACUAAGUUAGAAUUUCUCAGCUUAUCAAGAAACCAAUUAACAUCAACUCUGCCACCAAGUUUGUUUCAUACUGGUAGCUUAGUAGACCUAGAUUUGUCCCAAAACUCUUUAAAUGGUGCACUACCAUUGGAUAUGGGCUAUUCUAAACAAAUUAUUAGCAUGGAUCUCUCUACCAAUCACUUUGUUGGUAGGAUCCCAGAUUCGGUUGGACAACUUCAAACAUUAACCAACUUGAACCUAUCACAAAAUUCCUUCUCCGGUUCAAUUCCAAACUCUUUCAACAAGCUAACCAGCUUGAAAUCCUUGGACCUAUCACAUAAUGAUUUCUUCGGUACCAUCCCAAAUUACCUGGCCAAUUUUACCCUGCUCAAUAGUUUGGACCUAUCUUUCAAUAAUCUAAAAGGUCAGAUACCCAAUGGAGGGAUCUUCUCAAACAUUAGCAUACACUCCUUGAUGGGGAACUCAGGUCUUUGUGGUGCUUCACGAUUAGGGUUUUCAACAUGUCCAAGUAACCAACAAAAAACUAAAGGUGGAAUUUUGAAAAUUGUAGUCCCUACCAUCAUUAUAGUGAUUGGUGUUUUAGCUUCAUAUUCAUAUGCAAUGAUAAGAAGGAAAACUAGCAAUCAGCAAGGGAUGCCAGUUUCUAUUGAUAUAGUUGACGUGACAAGUCAUCCUCUGGUCCCUUACCAUGAGCUCGCUCGCGCUACAAAUAACUUCAGCGAGAGCAACCUUUUGGGGUAUGGAAGCUUUGGAAAAGUUUUCAAGGGUCAACUAAACAACGGUUUGGUGGUUGCAAUAAAAGUCAUAAACAUGCAGCUUUUGCAGGGCAUCAAAAGCUUUGAUGCCGAGUGUCAGGUUCUCCGUAUGGCACGGCAUCGUAACCUUAUAAGGAUACUAAAUACAUGUUCCAAUCUGGAUUUCAGAGCAUUAGUGCUUCAGUACAUGCCCAAUGGCACUUUAGAUGUGCUCUUGCACUACUCUCAAAGCACAAGGCACUUGGGGUUAUUGGAUAGGAUAGGCAUAAUGCUUGACGUGGCUAUGGCAAUGGAGUAUCUGCACCAUGAGCACCACGAGGUGGUCUUGCACUGUGACUUGAAGCCAAGCAAUGUGUUGUUUGAUGAGGACAUGACCGCGCAUGUAGCAGAUUUCGGCAUUGCAAGGUUGCUACUAGGUGAUGAAACCUCUGUGAUCUCUGCGACCAUGCCUGGGACAGUUGGGUACAUGGCACCAGAAUAUGGAUCGCUUCGGAAAGCAUCACGAAAGAGUGAUGUAUUCAGCUACGGCAUCAUACUCCUUGAAGUCUUCACUAGAAGGAGACCCACGGAUGCAAUUUUUGUUGGGAAUCUAACACUGAGACAAUGGGUUUUUGAGACAUUCCCCGCUAGCCUUGUUCAUGUCGUGGAUGGCGAUCUACUGCGAGAACCUUCUUCUAGCCGCCACUUGGAAGUCUUUCUUGUGCCAAUAUUCGAGUUGGGUUUGCUCUGCUCCUGCGACUCUCCUGACCAAAGGAUAACGAUGAUGGAUGUGGUCGUGAAGCUGAAGAAGAUCAAAGUGGAGUAUACCAAAUGGAGUGCAACCCAAUGAUUGAUCUUUUUCUUUUCUAUAUGUGGCUGUCUUUUUCUUCUUCAGUGCCGAGAACAACAUCAGCUGCUACACAGUACUCACCUAAUUAUGUUGUUAUAUGUCUCUUAUGAAAGACUUCUAUCUAUAAACCAAAUCCUUGACGGUGA